ACAACUAAUUAGCAUAAACACUAUAAAGAAACUAGACAGUGGCCAGUUUUAAAUUAACCGAUAUCUUUUAUGGAUUCUUAUAGCCUGAUGAAAGACGCCACAUUCAUAUGCAGCUAAAGCAACAGAUCUCCCAUUGGAAGAGAGCCCUAUCAAUCAAAGCACUGCCCCGGCCGACCGAGUAACAGAUAAUGGAUUGCUUUCAGGUACGGAGGGUGGACAAGCAGGAAGUGUAAAGACAGGACGCCGCCGAGGUAAAAGCUGCACGGUAGGGAACGCAGCAGCUGAAACAUGUCAAGCGAGGUGCGCUACUGCGAAAAGUUUUCCUACCUGUUCCUAAAGUCGAUUCUUAUCGUAUACGCCACAGUGUUCUGGCUGAUUGGAGGAUUCAUCCUGGCCAUUGGGAUCUAUGCAGAGGUGGAACGUCAACGUUACAAGACCUUGGAGGGUGUGUUUCUGGCCCCCGCUAUCAUCCUCAUCGUCCUGGGGCUGGUCAUGUUCUUCAUCUCCUUUAUUGGUGUGCUGGCCUCUCUCAGGGACAACCUCUGUCUACUUAAAGUGUUCCUCUACACGCUGACGAUCUGCCUGAUUCUGGAGCUCCUCGGUGGCAUUCUGGCCAUCGCCUUCCGCCACCAGACCGUGGACCUGCUGAACAAAAAUAUCCGGAAAGGCAUGGUGAAUUACUACGACGAUCUGGAUUUCAAGAAUAUCAUGGAUUUCAUCCAGAGAAAGUUCAGGUGCUGUGGUGGCCAGGAGUUCACUGACUGGCAAGUGAACAUGUACCAUAACUGCUCCGCCCCAGGGCCCCUAGCCUGUGGUGUCCCCUACACGUGCUGCGUAUCCAGCAAGCCGGCGGAAGUUGUCAACACUAUGUGUGGGUACCAGGUGAUCCAGAAAGAGCGCCUGCAGCUGCAGCACAUCAUCUACAUUCGUGGCUGCACUGACGCAGUCUUCAUCUGGUUUAUGGAUAACUACAAGAUUAUGGCGGGGCUGCUGCUCGGAAUCCUGUUUCCACAGUUCUUCGGUGUGAUCGUGAGCUGGCUGUACAUCACUCGGGUGGAAGAUGCCAUCACUGAGUACGGCUACCAGCAGGACAGUCUACUCCAAGAGAGGCAGGCGCGGAAGCAGGGCAAGCUGGCCCGGUGCUGCCGGUGUCUGCCCGAGCUGGACUGAGCCUAGGCCUGACAGACCUGCAUGGAUGCCUCUAAUUUCCUCUUGUACAUGUAAAUAUUAGGCUCCUCUUUGUAAGGGCCAUUGUUCAUUAACAUGGAAUUAGUCUGCUUUAUAACAAGGAUGGGAGUCCACACCCUGAUGCAGGUGUAUCUCUAUUUUUUGUCUUAGUGGUGGGAUUGGUUUUUUCAAAUCUUAAAUUUUGGUUCGUUUCAUAUGAUUAACUCUCAGAAGUGGUAAGUAAGUCACAGGUCGCUGGGUUUUGAGCGCGCAAGCAAGAACCGGGCAUCAUUCAGGGUGCCUGUGUUUUUGGCAAUUUAUGGGUGUAAUCUGCUUUAUUUAAAAAGAGCAUAUGCAGCAGGACUUACAGGCCUGAUCUCGAAACACUCCCAUUUGCACCAUCAGCAGUGCCCAGCAAACAUCAGCAAGAAAAUGUGUAUCUGCACGUUAAAGUGAAGGAGUGUUUUGAUUGCCAUCUUUUUUUUUUUAAAAGCACUCCAUGCGAUGUGUCUGUAGGGGGUCACUCCCAUAGAAAGAGAUGCUCCGUGUGCUGCUGUAAGUGGCUCUGAAUUAGCAGAGACCCGUGUAAUUUGGGUAAACUUGCGUAUGGAGAUCUGCAAGCUGAAUUCACUGUUUCUGCAGCCUUUUCUCGGGCAGUGCUCAUCACAGCUAUCUAUAAACUGACUGAACCUAGUAAGGAUGUGGGUGAGGUUUCCGAUUAGUGAAAGUAAUUUCUGUAUGCACUGGCACUCCGCAAACAUCAGAAUGGGUCCUCCUUUCAGGAAAGCCAGAGGGCUGUGAUGCAGGAAUGGAGUUUCCUGCAAUGUACUUAUUGAGAGUGGAUGUUGCCACAUCAAACCUCAUCUGCCUCUGGUGAAGGCAUGUCCCAUAAUGUUCUUUGUUUACAUGCCUGCUUAUUUGCCUCUAACUCAGACCUGAGCAUGAUCCUCUUGUCAGGCACACUGGUUAAUAUGUUUCCUGCUGUGCUUUGAAGAGCACAAACUCUACUGCACUGUAAUAGCUCUAAUAUCAACACUGGUAACAUGAAUAUUUUUAUACUGUGGAGUCUGUACUCCUGCCUAGUGCUCUAUUUUUAUUUUCUAUCGAAGUCGAGUAUGACGUGGGGUUUUAGCCUGUUUACUUUUACAUCUGCUUUUUGUAAUUCCUCAGUGACUCUUUGACAUGUAAAGGUGUAUUGUGGAUGCAAGAAAAUGGAAAAAAUAAAUGUUUACAGUGCCUC